CUUUUUCUUUGUUUUCUCUUUUUUCCACUUAUCACUGCUUUUUUCAAAUUUGCAGGUUGUCUUUAUCAAUGGAAAUCUCUCUUCCGAAAAAUCAGUGCACCCACCGCACGUUUUCUAUAUCUCUUCCUCCUCCAUGAGGGGUACUCAGUCCCAGCUCUCUGAAGCAUGACUCUUGCUCUCUGAGACCUCUUUCUCUCCUCUUUCUCUCUCUACAUUCUUCAAGCUUGCAAGCCUAAACCUUUGUCCUUAAACUGAUCAAACUUUAUUGGGUGCAUUUAAUUUUGUUGGUAACAAAUUUCCAACAUAAACAAUCUUAAUGGAGUUGAAGUUCACCUAAUCCAACAAAACCCACUUCCUUAUAUCCUCAAAUUCCAUCAAAUAUUUCUUCAACAGUUUUCGAAACCCCCCAAAGCUCCAAACUUUAAUGCCCGAAUGCUCUGUUCGUUGCCUUGCGCCGGAGUUUCAGCUUCUGGGUUUUUAAAAUUUUAACCUCCGAACAUGUCCCAAGUCGAUUUAGAGCAAGGAACCCACCGCCGCUCCUUCUCCGGCAGCGCCGACGGCGGCAGCAGCGUCUGCUUCUCCGACGCAGACGACGGGUCGUGUUACUCUCAGUUCUUCUCGACCAAUGGCGGCUCCUACGACGAGUACAAUUUCGCUUUUGUCUCUGAUCCUCAGCUCGGCGUGGUGUCGGAUUCUCGGAGAGCCUCGUCUGUUUCGGACAGUUCGGUCGAGGUUGUGGAAAUUGAGAUUGGGGUGCCGGAAAUUAAGGUUCAUUUGGAUAGGGUAGAGAGAGACUGUCGGAUUUGUCAUCUGGGUUUGGAGAGUAACAGCCACGAAUCCGGAGCUCCGAUUGAAUUGGGUUGUUCUUGCAAGGAUGAUUUGGCUGCUGCCCACAAGAACUGUGCUGAUACGUGGUUCAAGAUUAGGGGCAACAAGACCUGUGAGAUAUGCCAGUCAGUUGCACGCAACGUCGUUGGGCCAAAUGACAUCGAGUUCACUGAGCAGUCAAAUGAAUCCAGCACUGCCUCAGCAACUGCCGCAGUUGCAGCCCCAGGGGCCUCCACAGAGACUCGAAGUUUCUGGCACGGUCACCGCUUCCUCAACUUCCUUCUUGCCUGCAUGGUAUUUGCUUUUGUCAUAUCGUGGCUCUUUCACUUCAACGUUCCGUCGUGAAAUUCCGAGCAAAGAGUUAAGAAAACUUGGAUAAUCAAAAGAAAAAACAAGUGUAAAUGAAGCUGCAAAAUCUGCUGGAUGAUUAGUAACACAUAGUUGCGAAAUCUGCAGCGUUUAUAUAGAUUAGUAGUAGUACAUCAUAUAUUGCUUCAUGUCCACUUCUCUUGGAUUGUUUCUUGUUCAUAAGUUGGCUUUUUCACGUCUUCUCUUCAAGGCGUUUUAUGUGUCAAAAAAUGAGUGUCCUUCGAUCCUAACCCUAUAUAUAAUUAUAUAAAAUAUAUCUUUCUUU